AUGCCCCAACUCACCCCAACCGCCCUCCUGCUCCUCGCAGCCGGCGCCCUCGCGGCCCCUCCCGCACCCCCUCUAUCCCUCCUCUCCCUCCUCCCCCGCGCCGUCAACCCGCCCACCGCCCUCCCCCAAUCCGCCACCGCCAACGACCUCCGCUGGCAACCCUCCCUCGACUUCGACACCGACGGCUGCUACAACGUCCCCGCCAUCGACGCACAAGGCAACAUCGCGCAAGGGCUGGAGCACAACUUUGUCGGUCUCUCGUCCGACUGCCGUGACCCGUCCGACCUGGACAACAACAAUGUCUACUCGCGCCAGCGGUGCAACAGCGGGUGGUGUGUGUAUCUGUAUGGGUACUACUUUGAGAAGGAUGUGGCCGUGGCGGAUUUUAUUGAUGUUGGCCACACGCAUGACUGGGAGCAUAUUGCCGUGUGGGUGAGUGAUGAGACGGGCAAGGCCGAGUGGGUGGGCGCGUCGCAGCAUGGGGGGUUUGAGAUUAAGGCGGCGGCCGAUGUGCGCUGGGAUGGGGAACACCCUAAGAUGGUGUAUCACAAAGACGGCGCAAGCACGCACUGCUUCCGCUUCGGCAACACGGACGACGACAACAUCGAGAACGCCAAGGGCGUGUGGUUCCGCGGCGCGCUGGUCUCGUACAACGGCUUCCCCUCGGCCGACCUGCGCAACGCGCUGUUCGCGCACGACUUUGGCAAGGCCACGAUCGGGUUCAAGGACGACACGUUUGCUUCCCACAUCAACUCGGCCAAGCCGGGGUCGGUGUCGUUUGAUGUUAACACGGAUAACGGCUCGCCGGGUACUCCUUAG